GAUUAGUAAAGGCGUUUCAUUCAAGUUCCGACGUCUCUCUCCCUUCGUCUUCUUCCUCUUCGUCAAUGUCGUAACUCACAAACUUGCAGAGAACGGCGGAGAUUUGUUCCGGCUACAUUUCUUCCUUAUCAAGGUAUCGAAAAAUGUUUUCUGGCUGCAUGUGUGGUUUUGAUCCUUGUUGUAGUUAGCUUGUGAUCAGAUCGAGUAAAAAAAAUGAAGUUCGGGAAGAUAUUCAAGAAGCAAAUGGUGCCAGAGUGGGUAGAAGCGUACAUGGACUACAACGGCUUGAAGAGGAUUCUAAAACAGAUACGCAGCUACAAGCACAGCAAGCUAACCAGAGUAGCCUCCAGAGUCUCUCAGCAAGCAGAAGCGUUGCACCGUUCCUUUAGCGGCCUUUCCUUCCAUCAUAGGAACAGUGGAGGAGGUGACAUUGAGGACCAAGUCAUAAAAGUUGACACGUUCCAGCAAGAUGAUUCUCAUCGUAAUCUGUACAAGACUAAGUUUCUAAAAAAGUCUGAAGAAGGAAGUGAGUUCGAAGAGUCCUUCUUCAAGAAGCUUGACGAGAAUCUAAACAAAGUCAACAGAUUUUACCGGGAGAAAGUCGAGGAAGUGCUUGAGGAAGCUGCUUUGCUUGAUAAACAAAUGGACGCACUCAUUGCGUUGCGUGUCAAGGUGAAGAAGCCUGAUGAUGCUAGUAGUAACACGAAUUUGGACAAGCAUCCUUCUGAUAAGGUUGUAGUGGAUGAUGUCAGAACACCAGGCAGUGCGAACAGAGAUAUGGUGCAUGGUAUUGACAGAACUAGUAUUCCAGAAGAAGAGGCUUCCCAUAUUGUGACUGACAUUGUCCCGGCCUCUCACACCGAUGAGAACGAGGAGGAAGAUGGUGGUGGUGAUAAGCAGGAUCUUCAUGAGAUACUGGACCGUGUGAAGAUGAAUGAUGCGCUUGAUUCUCCUCUUUCUACAUUAAAAGGCCUUUUUGGAGAUUCUAAAGAACCAGUCUCUAAGAAAGGGUUAAAGAAAGCAGAGGAACAGUUGAGGCUUGUGUUUAGUGAGUUCUAUCAGAAACUCCGCCGUCUCAAGGAGUACAGUUUCAUGAAUCUUCUGGCGUUUUCAAAGAUUAUGAAAAAGUACGAGAAGAUUGCUUCAAGGAAUGCGUCCAGGAACUACAUGAAAACUGUGGAUAACUCAUUGAUUGGGAGUUCUGAUGAGGUUAACAGACUCCUGGAAAGAGUAGAGGUAACUUUCGUUAAGCACUUUUCAAGUGGAAACCGAAGAGAAGGCAUGAAGUGUCUACGGCCAAAAGUUAAAAGAGAAAGGCACAGGGUUACAUUCUUCUCUGGUUUCUUUUCCGGUUGCUCAAUUGCACUAAUUGUUGCGGUGGUUUUCAAGAUAGAAAGUAGAAAGCUGAUGGAGAAGGACUACGGUACUGCAUACAUGGCGAACAUCAUCCCCCUUUACAGCUUAUUUGGAUACAUCAUUCUUCAUAUGCUCAUCUACUCAGCGAAUAUAUACUUCUGGAGGCUCUAUAGAGUCAACUAUACUUUCAUAUUUGGUUUCAAGCAGGGAACUGAGUUAGGUUACAGAGAAGUUUUCCUGGUGAGCACCGGUCUUGCGGUGCUUGCCUUCAUCUGCUUCCUGCUAAAUUUGCAAUUUGAUAUGGACUGGAAGAUGAAAGAUAAUAACACACUCCCUGAGGUUAUUCCUUUGGGUUUAGUCACUAUGGUUCUUUUCAUACUCUUUUGUCCUCUCAACAUUAUAUACCGCUCAAGUCGAGUAUUCUUCCUUCGAUCACUGCUUCACUGCAUAUGUGCCCCUCUCUACGAGGUUACACUUCCAGAUUUUUUCUUGGCCGACCACCUAACUAGCCAGGUGCAAGCUAUAAGGAGUUUGGAGCUAUUCAUAUGCUACUAUGGCUUAGGAGAAUACAUGCAGAGGCAAGAAAAGUGUCAUAGUCAUGGUGUUUACAAUGUCUUUUACUUUGUCGUUGGGGUUAUACCUUACUGGCUCCGCUUCCUCCAGUGCAUACGCAGAUUAUGCGAAGAAAAAGAUUCAGUACACGGAUACAAUGCUCUGAAGUACAUGUUGACAAUCAUUGCAGUCAUCAUAAGAACAGCUUUUGAGCUUAAAAAGGGACGAAACUGGAUGAUCUUGGCUCUUGUAAGCUCAGGUGUUGCGAUAUGUAUGAACACAUUCUGGGACAUUGUUAUAGACUGGGGACUCCUCCGCAGGCAUUCCAAGAACCCUUACCUUAGAGACAAACUUCUUGUCCCUCACAAAAGCGUCUAUUUUGCAGCCAUGGUAGUGGAUGUGAUUCUAAGAGUGGCAUGGAUGCAGCUGGUUCUGGAGUUCAACUUGAAGUCCCUUCACAAAGUCGCUGUGUCAACCAUUAUCUCAUGUUUAGAGAUUGUUCGUCGGGGAAUGUGGAGCUUCUUCAGGUUGGAGAAUGAGCACUUGAACAACGUAGGCAAAUACAGAGCAUUCAAGUCAGUUCCACAUCCUUUCCAUUACUAUGACGAUGAUGAAACUGAUGACAAAGAUGACUGAUCAGCUAUCAUAUAAAUGCUAUCUGAUUCACACUGCCAAUAAUAGGAAAAGUUUGUAUUUUUUUCCAGUGACCCAAUUCAAUGUGUAAAAACCGUAUAUUUUUUUAUACAUGAAUCCAAAGGAAAAAAAAAGUUGAAAUCAAAAUCAUAUAC